AAAUGUCCUCGACACAUCGAUCUAGUACUGUGCCGCCAACCCCUUCCUCUUUGCCGCGAUCGGACUCCUUCAUCCGGGCGAGACAACCAAGCCUCGACUUGGAACAUGACCUUCUCUCCACCCGGGGUCAACGCCUCGGGGGAUUGAUACGACGGCGCUCUCUCAGCGUCCAAAGCGCCGAUAAUCCAUAUGACAGUGAUCGUCUUGAUGAGUCUUUCCCCCAAGAUCGCGGGGAUAGGCCUCUCGCUUUCGAGCGCGCCAAGCGACUCAUCGGUGAGAGCAGGCCUAUUUAUCGUUGGCAACAUUUCUACCAAGACCCGACUACACUGAAGAAGAUGCCAAAGGCCAUGCGCGUUUAUUACGAGCGCAACAAUGAUCUGAUAUCGCAAUAUGUCUUCAUCGACCGACUGCUGGACUCUUCUCUCCCACAUCGCCUGAUCGUGGACUAUCACAGCAACCAGCCAGGAGAACCCCCUGUCUCAGCCAACGGCCGGGCAUAUGACGCAAUCUCCUACGGAACAGCAGACUCUCAAGCAUCCGGUAAGAUCAAAAGAACGCCCCGGAAUCUCUAUCGCAUUCCCAGCGAGAGCGAGACCUCUCCACUCUUGCCCCCGACGAUCGAAGAACGAGCAGCAUCACCCCCAGACAUCAUACCAUCAAACGAUGAGUUCGUCGACAGCAGCGACCGGAUAGUCACCGUCGCGAUCUACGUCAACUUCGUCGCCAACGUCCUCCUCCUAGUCGCAAAGAUUGUCGCCAUGACCAUGACAAACUCAUUAUCCGUCCUGGCCAGCUUAGUCGACGGGGCAUUGGACUUCCUCAGCACAGCCAUAGUCUGGAUCACCACCACCCUGAUCCGUCGACAAGACCGCUCCCGAUACCCGAUCAGCCGUCGUCGACUCGAACCACUCAGCGUCUUAGUCUUCGCCGUCGUGAUGGUGACAUCUUUCGUCCAAGUCGCACUCACAUCCUUCACGCGCCUCAUCUCUUCCGACCGCUCCGUCGUCGACCUAUCCCUCCCUUCCAUAACCGUCAUGGCCAGCACAGUGAUCGUCAAGCUCAUCUGCUGGUUCUGGUGUCGACUGAUCAAAAACUCAAGCGUCCAGGCCCUAGCUCAAGACGCCAUGACGGACGUGGUCUUCAACUUGUUCAGUAUUCUCUUCCCUCUGAUCGGCUCCCUGACCACAACCUGGUACAUCGACCCAUUAGGCGGUCUUCUCCUCUCCCUCUACAUAAUCUACAACUGGAGCGCCACAGCAAGCGAACACAUCGGCCACCUAACCGGCGCGGCAGCGUCACCCAAAGACCACAGUAUCCUGCUGUACAUGACGAUGCGAUUCUCGAAAGCGAUUCUCAAAAUCCAGGAUCUAAAGGCGUAUUACGCUGGAGAUCGACUCAACGUCGAGGUGGAUAUUGUCUUGGACCCGAAGACACGACUCCAGGAUAGCCAUGACGUUGGAGAGAGUCUGCAGUAUAUGGUGGAGAGUGUGCCUACGGUGGAUAGGGCUUUCGUGCAUAUCGAUUACGAUCCGUGGAAUAUUCCGAGUCAUAUGAAUCAGCUUGAGGGGUGAUUUGAUACGUUUAUUAUUCUUGCUGGGGAAAUGGGUAGUUGUGGGGAAGAGUAGAGAGUU